AUGGUGUCUACGAGGGGGGUCCGCUAUAAAUUCAGCGAAGGCGAGCGCGUAUUGUGUUAUGAACCGGAUCCUACAAAAGCCAAGGUGCUCUACGACUCCAAGGUUUUGGAAGUAAUAGAAAGUAAAGACAAGCGUGGCCGGCGUACCGUGGAGUACCUGAUACAUUUCCAAGGCUGGAAUUCAUCAUGGGAUCGCUGUGUAAGCGAAGAUUUUGUGUUGAAAGACACAGAAGAAAAUAGGCAGCUACAAAGAGAUUUAGCUGAGAAAUCUCAACUGCAACUGGGCGCCUAUUUAUACCGCCGCGAACGUAAAAAGGGCGGCGGCAGUGGCUCUAACUCGACCGGCGCGGGUCCCGCCAAGCGCGCCAGACAUGGCUUCUCCGAUGAUGGCUCCUCCAGCAGCACUCAGCCAGAUGAUAAUGUUGAGGAAGGCGUGGAGACGGCCGACACUGACUCCUCGUCUGCAUCUGGGUCGAGUUCCCAGCCUCGGUCACCGCCACCCAACGUGCAUGUAGGCCGAGCUCACAUCACGCUGCCUUCAGCUUUACGUGAUCGGCUGACAUUUGAUUAUCAUUUGGUGGUGAAGCGAGGUCGCCUGUCGCAGUUGCCUGCGACGCCAUGUGCUGCGGAGAUCUUGGAGUCGUUUGUGAAGUGGUUCGCUCGUGCCGGUGCCUGGGCGACUCCUCGCGCCCGCCAUGAUCCGCCGCAGAAGCCUGAUAUGCUUGAUGUGUCUUGCAGAUUAAAUUUGGUCCGCGAGGUGGCUGACGGUCUCCGCGUGUACUUCGACUUCAUAUUACGCGGUCAUCUGCUCUACAAGCAGGAACUGGCCCAGUACCAUGAGAUCUGCGGACGUUUUAUUGAUGAACAAGAAGAAAUCAAGAAGCAGCAGUUGGAAGCGGAUGAUGACUAUGAGGAUGAGCAGAUGGGUACCGAGGACGAAGUGACUGCAGCUGAAGAAGAUCUCAAGAGUCCCAAGAUACCGGAGUACUCACACCUACCUCCGGAUCCCAUGGAUGCUGAUAAAAGCGAGGGAGAAUGCAACAACGAGGAGGCUUCGGUAUCGAAGACCGAAAAUAAUGAAAAGACUACAGCCGUCAGUGACUCCACCACCGACGACAACCAGGUCGCUGGCUCGGCCAAACCUCGCGAGGGAAGGUCUGCUACACGCAGUGGCAAUGUAGCAAGGAGGCUUCGUUCGCAUAAGUCGGUGGUGUCCCAGUCGGAAAACGAAGAGCCUACUCCAUCGACAUCUACCGGUGAACCGAGGUUGUUCGAGACCAUGUCGUCUAGUGUCGGCAGUAGCGGAUCGUCGCUGAGCGAGUGCUGGGCGCGGCCCACGCAGUCCACGCCCGCUCCGACCACUACGCGCACUCCACUGUCUCUGCUGUUUGAUAAGGUUUCAAAAUGGCAGAUAAUUCCACGCGAGGGAACCGAACACUUGCCAUGCCGUGUAUACGGCGCCAUACAUCUUGCCAGACUUUUCGUAAAAUUACCUGAUUUUCUGAAUGCUACUCAAAUGCCAGACUUCAAGUUGAAACUGAUUCUCAAGCACAUCGAUAUGUUCGUUCAAUUCUUGGACGAGCACAGUGAGUGGUUCGGCGAGGUGUACUACGUGGCCGACAGCAUGUGUCGCUCCCGUUAA